GAAAUAUCGCUCCUCCGCCAACGAAAAAGAUAUCUUUAACCGCCGUCGAGAAUGCAGACGAAAAACAAUGACAGCCGUGCGAUUGACCCGAGUUCCGGCUUUGAUCGACGGACAGGAAUCUAUCACAGCCUUCGUCCCUCUUUGUCUCUACCUCCUAUCGAUCAACCUCUAUCCACCACCGAAUUCGUGCUUUCUCUCCUCCGCAAGUCCUCGCCACCCGCCACCGCCGGAAAAGACAUUAAAGCCAUUACUUACCUUGUCAAGGCAAGCUCUGGAGAUAGCCUCACUUAUGGAGAGCUUCUUCUUAAGGUUCGUUCCCUUGCCGUGUCUCUUCGGGAGCGAUUCCCUUCUCUUUCGUCCACAAAUGUCGCUUUUAUCCUCUCCCCAGCUUCGUUGGACGUACCGGUGCUUUACCUGGCUUUAAUGUCGAUUGGCGCUGUGGUUUCACCGGCUAACCCAAUCGGAUCUGAUUCGGAGGUGAGUCAUCAGGUUGAAGUCAGCAAACCAGUCAUUGCGUUCGCGACGUCGCAGACGGUUCACAAGUUUCGUUCCUCUUCUUUCCCUCUCGGAAUCGUUCUGAUGGACUCGCCUGAGUUUCUCUCCUGGUUAACUCGGUCGGAUUCUUCAUCGGUCAAGCCGAUUCAGGUUCGGGUCAACCAAUCGGACCCUAAUCUUAACGGGAAAAUACGAGAAUUAAAAUGACCUAAUAGCAAAACUUAAAGAAAUCAACUAAAAAGAGAAAACGACUAGUCUCACAAACGCUCACUCGAAGAUCCGGUUGAUUACGACCGCGUUGGGCUCUUCUCGCUACCGCUCUUCCACGUGUUUGGUUUCGGGAUGAUGAUCCGAGCCAUCUCGCUCGGAGAGAAACUGGUGCUUCUAGAGAGAUUCGAGCUCGGAGCGAUGCUUAAGGCGGUGGAGAAAUACAAGGUCACUGGUAUGCCUGUAUCUCCGCCGUUGAUUGUGACGUUGUUUAAAUCGGAGCUAACGUACAAGUACGAUCUCCGGUCCUUGCGUUCCCUUGGAUGCGGCGGCGCUCCGCUCGGGAAAGACGUAGCCGAGAGGUUCAAGCAGAAAUUCCCAGACGUGGAGAUUAUUCAGGGUUAUGGCUUGACAGAGAGCUCCGGACCAGUCUCGUCCACGUUUGGACCGGAAGAGACGGUGAGAUACGGGUCAGUUGGUCGUAUCUCUGAGAAUAUAGAAGCCAAGAUCGUUGAUCCAUCCACCGGAGAAGCCUUGCCACCGGGAAAGAACGGUGAGCUCUGGCUCCGUGGACCAGUCAUCAUGAAAGGUUAUGUGGAGAACGAGAAAGCGACUUCUGAGACAUUAGAUCAAGAAGAAGGGUGGUUAAAGACCGGUGAUCUCUGUUACAUUGAUUCCGAGGGGUUUCUAUACAUUGUUGAUCGGCUAAAGGAACUGAUCAAAUACAAGGCCUAUCAGGUUCCACCGGUAGAGUUGGAGCAGAUUCUUCAGUCUAAUCCAGACGUGGUUGAUGCUGCUGUUGUUCCGUUUCCGGACGAGGAUGCAGGAGAGAUACCAAUGGCUUUCAUAGUGAGGAAGCCUGGAAGCAAUCUCAAUGAGGCGCAGGUCAUUGAUUUCGUAGCUAAACAAGUUGCUCCGUAUAAAAAGGUAAGACGAGUUGCUUUCAUAAACGCGAUCCCAAAAAAUCCUGCUGGGAAGAUUCUGCGUCGGGAGCUUACUAAACUCGCUGUAGAUGGCAAUGCAUCUAAGCUUUGAAGAGUAGAAAAAGAUUAGAGAGUUACAAUAACAAGGAUUGAAAUAAUUUAUUCGAGCUCUUCACGGUGGUCGAGUGGAAAACUAUAAGGUUCUCUCGUCGUGUGUGGUGUAUCCCGUGUUCCAAAUGGAGCUGAUUCUAUUCCUCACGUUCUUGUUGAUAAGUUGAUGUAUAAAAGAGACAUUAAUAAGACCAACACAUCAAAUUUCUCUCAAAAUCGUUCCAGGAUUCAAAUGUGAAUCUCUUAUAAGUUUUGGACGUCACGUGAUGUCCCUUUGUCCUCAAAUGUUAAAUAAAUUUUCUUUGGU